GAAAAUCCACACUGAGAGAAAAUCAGCAUAGGAGGAGAUGGAAGUUUUCCCCUUGUUCUUGGUUUUGUCCGUGUGGUGGUCUCGAGCCUGGGACUCGGCGAAUGCAGAUUCCAUCAUUCACAUCGGAGCAAUUUUUGAUGAAUCUGCCAAAAAGGAUGAUGAGGUGUUUCGCACAGCAGUUGGCGACCUCAACCAGAAUGAGGAGAUCUUACAGACCGAGAAAAUCACGUUUUCAGUGACAUUUGUUGAUGGCAACAACCCAUUUCAAGCAGUCCAAGAAGCCUGUGAACUUAUGAAUCAAGGCAUCUUGGCACUGGUCAGUUCCAUUGGCUGCACAUCAGCGGGGUCCCUCCAGUCUUUGGCAGAUGCCAUGCAUAUCCCCCACCUCUUCAUUCAGCGUGCAACAGCUGGGACCCCAAGGAGUGGCUGCGGGCUCACCCGAAGCAACAGGAAUGAUGACUACACACUCUCUGUUCGCCCCCCUAUCUACUUAAAUGAUGUUAUCUUGAGAGUUGUCACAGAAUAUGCCUGGCAGAAAUUCAUUAUAUUUUAUGACAGUGAAUACGAUAUCCGUGGAAUACAGGAGUUUUUGGACAAAGUGUCUCAGCAGGGGAUGGAUGUUGCACUUCAAAAGGUAGAAAACAACAUCAAUAAAAUGAUCACCACUCUCUUUGAUACCAUGAGAAUAGAGGAAUUGAAUCGCUAUCGAGACACUCUUAGGCGAGCCAUCCUUGUUAUGAAUCCCGCCACAGCCAAAUCCUUCAUUACUGAGGUUGUGGAGACUAAUUUGGUUGCUUUCGACUGUCACUGGAUCAUUAUAAAUGAGGAAAUAAAUGAUGUAGAUGUACAAGAACUUGUAAGAAGGUCAAUUGGAAGGCUGACUAUCAUUCGGCAGACAUUCCCAGUCCCCCAGAAUAUAAGUCAGCGAUGUUUCCGUGGCAAUCAUCGAAUAUCUUCAACAUUGUGUGAUCCAAAGGACCCAUUUGCUCAGAAUAUGGAGAUUUCAAACCUUUACAUAUAUGACACGGUGCUUUUGCUUGCUAAUGCUUUCCAUAAGAAGCUGGAGGACCGGAAGUGGCAUAGCAUGGCAAGUCUGUCAUGCAUCAGGAAGAGCUCCAAGCCCUGGCAAGGAGGGCGUUCCAUGCUGGAGACCAUCAAGAAGGGUGGAGUUAAUGGGUUGACGGGAGAGCUGGAAUUUGGAGACAAUGGAGGCAAUCCCAAUGUCCACUUUGAAAUUCUUGGAACCAACUAUGGAGAAGAGCUGGGCCGAGGCAUUCGCAAACUUGGGUGCUGGAACCCGGUCACUGGGCUGAAUGGGUCACUGACUGACAAGAAACUGGAGAAUAACAUGCGUGGAGUGGUUCUCCGUGUAGUGACUGUUCUGGAAGAACCUUUUGUAAUGGUCUCUGAAAAUGUCCUGGGUAAGCCGAAAAAAUACCAGGGCUUCUCCAUUGAUGUUUUGGAUGCCUUAUCUAACUACCUGGGUUUUAACUAUGAAAUUUACGUCGCACCGGAUCACAAGUAUGGAAGCCCACAGGAAGAUGGAACAUGGAAUGGCUUAGUAGGAGAACUAGUCUUUAAGAGAGCCGACAUAGGGAUAUCUGCUUUAACCAUCACCCCAGAUCGUGAGAAUGUGGUGGACUUUACAACACGUUACAUGGACUAUUCAGUGGGAGUUCUACUUAGAAGGGCUGAAAAGACCGUGGAUAUGUUUGCCUGUCUUGCACCAUUUGAUCUCUCUCUCUGGGCUUGCAUUGCUGGCACAGUCCUUCUUGUGGGUCUUCUGGUCUACCUUUUGAAUUGGCUUAAUCCUCCACGAUUACAAAUGGGAUCAAUGACUUCUACUACUCUCUACAACUCCAUGUGGUUUGUGUAUGGAUCCUUUGUACAGCAAGGUGGGGAGGUCCCAUACACAACUCUGGCUACUCGAAUGAUGAUGGGGGCUUGGUGGCUCUUUGCUUUGAUCGUCAUCUCAUCUUACACAGCAAACCUUGCUGCUUUCCUCACUAUCACCCGCAUUGAAAGCUCCAUCCAGUCUCUGCAGGACCUUUCCAAGCAGACUGACAUCCCUUAUGGUACUGUCCUGGACUCUGCAGUAUAUGAGCAUGUUCGCAUGAAGGGAAUGAAUCCUUUCGAGAGAGACAGCAUGUAUUCCCAAAUGUGGCGGAUGAUCAGCCGAAGCAAUGGAUCAGAGAAUAAUGUUCUGGAGUCCCAAGCAGGCAUUCAGAAGGUAAAAUAUGGAAAUUAUGCUUUUGUAUGGGAUGCAGCUGUAUUGGAGUAUGUGGCCAUCAAUGACCCAGACUGUUCCUUUUACACCGUGGGGAACACAGUUGCUGAUCGGGGCUAUGGAAUUGCACUGCAGCAUGGAAGUCCGUACCGCGAUGUGUUUUCACAAAGGAUCCUGGAGCUUCAGCAAAAUGGUGACAUGGACAUCCUGAAGCACAAAUGGUGGCCAAAGAAUGGCCAGUGUGACCUGUACUCCUCAGUGGACACAAAGCAGAAAGGAGGAGCCCUGGACAUAAAGAGCUUUGCAGGGGUUUUCUGUAUCCUGGCUGCUGGAGUUGUCCUCUCCUGCUUUAUAGCCAUGCUGGAGACGUGGUGGAACAAGAGAAAAGGCUCCAGAGUCCCAUCCAAAGAGGAUGACAAGGAAAUUGACCUGGAGCACCUCCAUAGACGUGUAAAUAGCUUGUGCACAGAUGACGACAGCCCCCAUAAACAGUUUUCCACCUCGUCAAUUGACUUGACCCCUCUGGACAUUGACACUUUGCCAACACGGCAAGCACUGGAGCAAAUCAGUGAUUUCAGGAACACUCAUAUCACCACAACCACCUUUAUCCCAGAGCAGAUCCAGACUCUUAGCCGCACACUAUCAGCUAAAGCUGCCUCUGGUUUCGCUUUUGGCAACGUGCCUGAGCACCGAACUGGCCCUUUUAGGCACAGGGCACCUAAUGGGGGCUUUUUCAGGAGUCCUAUAAAAACAAUGUCAUCUAUUCCUUAUCAACCAACCCCUACCCUGGGGCUCAAUCUGGGUAAUGAUCCAGACCGAGGCACCUCCAUAUGAGCAUCCAACAAAAUUUUUUCACUGUUUCUUUCGUAGGACUCCCUUUGCAAGGAGCAACUGCAAUG